AAUUUGUUUUUUUUUUUUUUGUUUAAUCCCCAAACAAAUGGUUACUUUUUCAACUCCUUUCCACAAAUACAAAGUUUCAUUCAAAAAAUUUGUUUAGCAUGAAAACCCCAAUUUGUUGCAAAAUCUAGCAUUUUUGAAAAUGAGAAGGAGACCUGGAAUUGGAGGGUUACAAACAGCUGCAGCAGCAAGGGAUCAAUAUAAGAAAUUGGGUGAAAAUGUUGCUAAGAUCAGAACUGAUAUGAUGAAGGAACAGCUUUCCACUUUUCGUUCUCAGCUUGAAGAUUUUGCUCGCAAACACAAGAAUGACAUUCGUAAGAACCCUGCAUUCAGAUCACAGUUUCACGAGAUGUGUGCUAAAGUUGGAGUUGAUCCCUUGGCCUCAAAUAAAGGUUUUUGGGCCGAGCUAUUGGGAAUUGGUGAUUUCUAUUAUGAACUUGGAGUUCAAAUUGUGGACAUUUGCUUGGCUACUAGACCCCUCAAUGGUGGAUUGAUCAACCUGCAAGAACUCUGUCAACUCCUUCGCCAGAGAAGAAAAAGUGAUCGUGGAGUUGUUUCCGAGGAUGAUUGCCUGCGUGCUAUCAGUAAGCUGAAGGUUCUCGGUAGCGGGUUUGAAGUUAUUUCUGUUGGAAAGAAAAAACUUGUCCGUUCGGUUCCAACUGAGCUGAACAAAGACCACAAUGAAAUUCUUGAACUUGCCCAGGGUCAAGGAUUUGUGACUGUCGAUGAAGUUGAAAGGAGGCUAUCUUGGACUUCGGGUCGUGCCAUUGAUGCACUAGAUACAUUGCUUGAUGAGGGACUUGCAAUGAUUGAUGAUGGCCACAAAGAUGGAAAACGACGGUACUGGUUUCCGUGUGUAUCCCCCAUUUCGUCUUUGACAGGAAUUGAUUCCUUGUAAAUUUGUUAGAAAAGAAUCUGAGGUCAGAUUUUUCAAGACCUAUGUUUAAUUGUUGUAAGCUUGUUAAUUGGUUUUUCCUCUUGGAUCCUUUUGACUGGAAAUGAUUCAUGUAUAUUUUUUAGUUCUGUAUCACUCAUGUAAAGUUUGGAUUGGUUUCUAGGUUAUGGAAGCUUUUCAGUUGAAAUAAGUUUAUGGUUUUUCGAAAA